GACAGAGGGAGAGAGAGGCAGAGGCGGGAUGGAGAAAGAGAGGGAGAGAGAGAGAGAGAGAGGGAGAGAGAGUAAAAGAGAGUGAGUGAUUGAGAGAGAGUGGAAGAGGUUCGAAAGAGAGUGAGUGAGAGAGUGACAGAGGUAGAGAUAACUAAAUAAGAGAGAGAGAGAGAGAGAGAGAGAGAGAGAGAGAGAGAGAGAGAGAGAGAGAGAGAGAGAGAGAGAGGGAGGUGGUGGAGGAGGUAACGGAGAGAGAGAUGAGAGGAGUGAUUGCACCGUGCCACGCACACUUGAAGUUCAGUCUCCCAGGGAGACUGUGGCAGCAGUGGUUCAGGGCAUGACAGCAGCGUAACGGCAGGGUCUCCACUCCACCACACAUAUCCACUCCAGCUCCUCUCUGUGCCCGGCAUCCAGACUGGCAGAGAGACCCAGAAGAGAGACAGAGACAGAGACAGAGAGAGAGAGAGAGAGAGAGAGAGAGAGAGAGCAUCAUCCACUGGGAGGGAGCUAGUUUCGGGGCACAGAAGUAGACAGAGAGGUGUGUCAGCGCUGGUAAGAAGAAGAGGAAGAGUUGACUUGGGAGUGCUUAGUGACGCUAGAGAGGAUUCCGGAGGCUCUGAGGAGGCACCAGACGGGCAUGAGGAGGUGCUGAGCUUGCAGCCUUCCAAGGUACGCCGACAGCAGACACACAAACAUCUCACACACGUUACGUCCAUCGCACCGGGCCGCUCUCCUGCAGCCGGACCAUGAAGAAGCACUCGGCCCGCGUGGCUCCGCUCAGCUCCUACAGCUCCCAGGUCCUGACGUGCCCCAUCUCAGAAGGAGAGGAAGGGUCCGACUCCCACGCAGAGACACCGGGCAGCGAGGCCAGCGUGGAGAGCAAGGCCUACCAGACCUGUGCCAGCACCGUCCUGAAGGUCCUGGGGGGUCUGCUGGUGGUGCUGUGCAUCUCCUCCUCCUGGGUGGGCACCACGCAGGUGGUGAAGCUCACCUUCCAGUCCUUCUCCUGCCCCUUCUUCGUCUCCUGGUUCAGCAGCAACUGGAACAUCCUGUUCUUCCCCAUCUACUACUCCACCACCAUGGUGACCACCCGGGAGAAGCAGAGCCCCAUCCAGAAGUUCAGGGAGUGCAGCAGGCUCUUUGGAGAGGACGGGAUGACCCUGAAGAUCUUCCUGAAGAGGACGGCGCCCUUCUCCAUCCUCUGGACCCUGACCAACUACCUGUACCUGCUGGCGCUGAGGAAGCUCACCGCCACCGAUGUCUCCGCCCUCUACUGCUGCCACAAGGCCUUCGUCUUCCUGCUGUCCUGGAUCGUCCUCAAAGACCGCUUCAUGGGGGUCCGGAUUGUGGCAGCGAUAAUGGCCAUCACAGGCAUUGUCAUGAUGGCCUAUGCCGAUGGUUUCCAUGGUGAUUCCUUCGUGGGAGUGGCCUUGGCUGUGGGCUCCGCCUCCACGUCGGCUCUCUACAAGGUGCUGUUUAAGAUGUUCCUGGGCAGUGCCAAUCUAGGAGAGGUGGCUCAUUUCCUGUCCACCAUGGGCUUCUUCAACCUGAUCUUCAUCUCCUGCGUGCCCCUCAUCCUGUACUUCACCAAGGUGGAGCACUGGGGGUCCUUCUCCUCCCUGCCCUGGGGGUACCUCUGUGGCCUGGCCGGGCUGUGGCUAGUGUUCAACAUCUUGGUGAAUGUGGGCGUGGUCCUGACCUACCCCAUCCUCAUCUCCAUUGGAACCCUGCUCAGUGUUCCAGGAAACGCAGCGGUGGACGUGCUGAAGCACGAGGUGAUCUUCAGCGUGGUGCGCCUGGCUGCCACCUGCAUCAUCUGCCUGGGCUUCCUGCUGCUGCUGCUCCCCGAGGAGUGGGACUCGGUCACGCUGCGCUUCCUGGCCAACAUCGCCGAGAAGAAGUCGGACCAGGACCACGGCGAGGAGCUCACAGAGUCCAGUGUGCACACGCGCAGCCGCAGCCGGGCCAACGGCGCCGUCUCCAUACCGCUGGCGUGAGGGCGGGGCGCCCGCACGCCUGCUACUGUUAACCGCCCACCUUGCCUUGCAUUGAAGCUCUCUGUCUGAAAUCUUUGAAUGAAAAAGCCCCCGUCUUGCUUCUCCAUGGCCACACACACACGUAGAGAGAGAGAGAGAGAGAGAGAGAGAGAGAGAGAGAGAGAGAGAGAGACGAGAGAGAGAGAGAGAGACGAGAAGUUGGCAGGGCGAGCGCACACACGCGCCCGCGAGAGACAGGUCCGCAGAAAGACGGCUGAGACUAAAGUACUGAACCUUUAACUGUGACUGGUUAAUGAGAAACCUUGUUGUAGUCGGGGGGGGGGGGGGGUGGUCUGGCAUCUGUAUCCCUGGCACGCCCCUACCUCCAGGAGAGGGAGAGAUAUAAAUAAAAUGAACGUUAAUGCUAGAUUAAAAAGGGUGGAAAGUAUCUUUUUUUUACUUUCUUGAACUGGCUAUGUCAAGUCCCGCACGUACCGGAAACACACAGACCUGAUUGGCCGUGACGCAGCUUCUCAGACUGUAUUCUGUGAAUAUCAAUAUUGGCAGGGCCUGUUUGGCUCAAUUUCAUCUGUAUUUAUUGAAUUGACUAGGAGGUAAACGAUUAUUUAAAAUGUGCGUGUAAUUAAAUAGUAUUAUAUAAGAAUGGGAAUUAUAACAUUGCAAAUGUACAGGAUCUUUUUGUUUUCUAAUAAAAGACUGAAGACACACAACUAUA